AUGCCAUCCUGGGAUGAUGGAGAGAGCAGCGACGACAGCUUGCUGUCCGAGUUCGCUGAUGGCCACGACCUCCGUCCUCAUCCGUCGAUCCCAGCAACCAUCCUAGAGCCAAACUUUGACUCCGAUUUUAGGUGCAAACAUGGCAUGCCCAUAUACAAAUAUGUUUGCUAUGAAGGAGAGAACACUGGGAGAAAAUUUCUGGGAUGUGGAUGCAAGGAUGAUGCAAUGUGUGACAAGAUUCAUUGGGUAGAUGGUCCAUGGCCAGUUGAAUUGGAUUCAACUAAGAAUUACCGGUUGGUUUUGGCAAAGAGGGAUUUAGAGAAGAGGGACUUGGAGCUGCAUAAGCAGCUGGGCAAUGUUUUGGAGUAUGUUGUGGAGGUAACCACUAAUGACUUGGAGCUUGAAACUGCAAGGAGGCAGAAGGCAAAGCAGGAAGUUGCAAGUGCAGCAGCAGUUUUUGCAGGAACAAAAGCAGUUCUUGGACUUGGUGUAGGAGCAGCAGUAGCAGACCUUGGUGCAGCAUAUGAUGCCCGGCUUGCAGCACUUAGAGGAGCCCUUUUAGCAGUAGGAGCCCUUGUAGGAGCCCUUGUGGCAGUAGGACCACUUGGAGGAGCACUUGGAGCAGUAGAAGAGCUUGGAGGAGCACUUGGAGCAGUAGAAGAGUUUGGAGGAGCAUCCUCACCUCUGUAUGGCCUCAGCUGCUGGGUGCAGCUUGUGUUCUUAUGUCCCUGUAGUUUACAGUUGGAGCAGGCACUGGAUAUAUUAUAG